AUGCUUGGAGGUCCCAAGGCGAACGUCUACGUUUCCGUCACACGAGACGAUGCUCAAGACAUCGAGGGCAAUCACGACCACGUAUUCAGCAGAGCACAAGCAGCAGGUUUCUUUCAAUUGAGCCGCACAAGCACCAUAUCCCCGGUGUACCACACAGAAAAGACCCGGAGCCGAUCCACAUCAGCGCCGUGCAGAAGGACGGGUCGUACAGCGUGGAGGCGCACGGCAUCAAGGGUGACCCUGUCGUCUUAG